GUUAUCAGGCUAACGUUCGGCAAAGCGCAGGUCGCCUCCCAUCCAGGCGGCAGCAGCACACCAACACACACACACACACAGUGUCUCCAGCACACGCGAGCUGAGCACAGUCUGAGCUCCACAGCAGCCAGACCCAGCAGGUCCGAGUGAGUGCACUCACUGACAGCGGCGACACACACACACGGGCAGACACAGCAGCAUUCGGUGGGAGCGCAUUCCCUGAGACUCCUCUGCCUCUAGGAUUAUAUUUCACUGUACCCCCGCGCCUUGCAACAAAGGAACUCUCAUCCCAAAGGUGAUUUAAACCUCGAGAAAUUGGUUGGAUUGACUACAGAAGGGGGAAACAAAAAGAAGCCAAGAAUAAAAGUGCGUCGAUACGCCCAUCCUUCGAGUUUUUAAAGUCUUGCGUUCUGUCGCAGCCUUCUUCAAUUCGGUGUCAUUCGAACACUCCAAUUUUAAUUGCAAUUCCUGAGAGCAAGUCGCGUAUGUAAACGAUGAGCAACAGUGGUCCUAGCAACGAUCCCUGUGAAAUAUCACUUCAUACCUUCGGCCAGACUAGCUCUGCCAAGAUGCCCAAGCAGAUGGAAGUGCGGAUGGAUGAAUGCGCCCUGGCUCCCGAGAAACCGGACGGCAAGCUCCCUUUGUGGAAACGGCUGGGAAAGAAACUGAUGAAGAACCUGCUACUGACCCUGACGGUGUUUGGCGUGAUAUUUGGAGCACUAUGUGGAGGGUUGCUCCGAUAUGCAUCUCCCAUCCACCCCAACAUUGUCAUGAUCAUAGCGUUCCCAGGUGAUAUCCUCAUGCGGAUGUUGAAGAUGUUGAUUCUUCCUUUGAUCAUCUCCAGUUUAAUCACAGGCUUGUCUGGACUCGAUGCUAAGGCCAGUGGCCGCCUGGGAACCAGAGCCAUGGUAUACUACAUGACUACCACUAUCAUCGCUGCAGUACUCGGUGUGAUCCUGGUACUCGCCAUACAUCCGGGCAACCCUGCGCUGAGAAAGCAGCUCGGAGAAGGGAAGAAGAAUGACGAGGUGUCGAGCCUGGAUGCCUUCCUGGAUCUCAUCCGGAAUCUCUUCCCUGAAAAUUUGGUGCAGGCUUGUUUUCAGCAGAUACAAACAGUGACUAAGAAGGUGGAGAAUCCUCCUGAAACUAGGACUAUUUCCAACCUGACUGGGCUCCUGCUGGAAGCAGCAAAUGAAACUCUGGCAGAGUCAGAGGGGCCCAGUUUCACUGUCACAAAGACCUUACAGUUCAAGGAUGGCAUGAAUGUUUUGGGUCUCAUUGGAUUUUUCAUCGCCUUUGGCAUCGCGAUGGGGAAAAUGGGGGAGAGGGCAAGGCUGAUGGUAGAAUUCUUCAACAUCCUCAAUGAGAUUGUCAUGAAGCUGGUGAUAAUGAUCAUGUGGUAUUCGCCCUUCGGUAUCGCCUGCCUAAUCUGUGGAAAGAUUAUAGCCAUUAAAGACUUGGAGGUCGUCGCUAGGCAACUGGGCAUGUACAUGGUGACUGUCAUCACAGGGCUCAUCAUCCACGGAGGCAUCAUCUUGCCUCUGAUAUAUUUUGUGGUGACAAGAAAAAAUCCUUUCUUAUUCUUAGCAGGCAUCUUCCAGGCCUGGAUCACCGCCUUAGGAACUGCAUCCAGUGCUGGCACUCUGCCAGUUACCUUCCGCUGCCUGGAGGAGAAUCUGGGAAUUGACAAGCGAGUGACCCGCUUCGUCCUUCCUGUCGGAGCGACCAUCAACAUGGAUGGAACCGCACUCUAUGAGGCUGUGGCUGCUAUAUUCAUCGCCCAGAUGAACAAUGUUCACUUGGAUGCUGGACAGAUAGUGACCGUGAGUUUGACAGCUACACUGGCCAGUAUUGGAGCUGCAAGUAUACCCAGUGCCGGCCUGGUCACCAUGCUGUUGAUUCUCACUGCUGUUGGCCUUCCCACACAAGACAUCAGCCUCCUUGUAGCUGUUGACUGGCUCCUAGACCGGAUGAGGACCUCUGUGAAUGUCGUCGGUGACUCUUUUGGAGCUGGCAUCGUCUUCCACCUAUCGAGGGAGGAGCUGGCAAAUAUCGAUGCCCAACAUGCCCGGCUGGAAGAGGAGCGGUUGCUGAAGGCUGUCGUAUUGCACGAUGGCACAAAGGCCUACCAGGAGAAUAACUCGAACCCUGGCAAUUACCCAGGCAACAACACGGUGGAAGAAAAGGAUGGCAAGGUGACCAAGGCCAAAAAUGGCACAGCUGCUGACUACACAAUUGUUGAGGAGGAACCAUGGGACCACGAAAGCUGAGGGGACAGAGAGAGAGAGAGAAAGAGAGACACCCAGUCCUAACACCCAUGAGCCCCCUCUCCCUCCCGAAACUCUGCUGAAGUUGUUCAUCCGACAGGAAACAAAAUGAUAACAUGUCAAAAUCCUUUUCCUUUCUCGUUCUUUUCAUCUAAAUGUGGUUGUUUUAGCUUAAGGUCCAAAUCGUGAAUACUGGAGCUGGUAAAGGGGAUUCUGUUUGGCUUUUUCCAGUAACUGUGUAUUAGUACUUUUCAGAUUUCCAAACGGCAGAGUGGGACUGAGGUGGGCAGCCCCGAGGGUGCAACCAAAUUCAGCACAAGUGCAAAGAUCACCGUUGCUCCACAUGCAAACCCACCAUCCCACUAACCCCGCCUUCAGCCUUUGACCUGAUGGAGAAUUGUUUGUGCCAUUCAGUUUAUUGUACAGCAGCUUAAUUCAAUUUCCAUCGCUGCACAGCCAGGGCUUUUGAAAUUCCCGGUGUGCCACGGUGGAUUUUGCCAGCCGUACAGUUAGCAUUACCGUCAAGCACAUGUCACCGACCCCCCCUUCUCAGGAUUGGCCGUUCUCAGGGAUGUGAUCCGGCUUUAUGCUCGCUCCACUGCCACUUAGUAAAACCCACAAGUGCUUUAGUCCAGUGACGAUAUCACGUUCUCGCCCUCGUCCCACCUUCCUUGAAGUCAAAAGUGUGGGUGCUGCGAGGUGGGUCCAUGGUCAUGUAACGCACAGCAUUCUUGGAAAUAGGCAACAUUAGCCACUAAGCUAGGCCCGAGGAGGCACCCUUCGGCCCAGGGUUUCCCCGGUUUGUCAGUGAGGUGUUAGGGUGAUUGAGCCAUCACAGAUGGUGCUAAGCCCAUUCCAGAAGGCUGUGGACCCACUCUCUGAACUUUCCACAUCAGAAUAUCUUCUUCCUUCAGGGACCAGAAGGAAUUGAAUUAAACAUUCCAGUGUGUGUGAGGGGUAGGCAGAUAGGUUGUUCCUGUCUUGAGCCUUUCCAAAGCCUUCCUCUGCACCAGAACUUGAAUUACUAUCCUGACUCAAUCCCAUACUUCUAGAAUCCUGCGAGCAAAACCCAGACACCAGGUUGAUGGGCCUGACCGGGUGGUGGCAAGGUGGAUUUGUGCUAGAGCUGGUGUUUAAAACCCCUCACACUCUAUCUACCCUUGUCCCAACUUAAUGCACCAGCAUAGCUACCCUCAGAAAGGGAGGAAAGGGCGUCACCUUGUACUGCACCAGUGAGAUCAGACAUCCCUUGUCAUUAAUGACACUUAUGUUCAGAACAGUUUUGAGAUAGUAAUAGGGUUCAGAGUUCCCCUUAAAUUUGAGCAAACUCUUCUCGUAUCAGUGAAAUGUAUAAAGUGAGCUGGAAGCCUAGAUACCUGCCCUUAGAUAAAACAGUGCCUCCUGCAGGAUUAAGAAUGUAUUGAGCCAAUAUGAAUGACACGUCAAAUACAGUAAAUGUAGGAAACUGAUAUUGUAUUCAGACACACUGCCUGGUUGGACUAUGCGCAGUUAUUUGUUGUCUGAACACUGAAUGCACUGCAAUCCCAAUCAGCUAAGGAUGGAGUUCCCUUACCAGCCAGAGAUGGACAGGGUAGGUGAACCUUCGCCCCCAUCCCACUCAACCCCAGAAGCCCUUGGCAUAGCACAGCAACUAAUGUGAGAAAAACUGGCUUCUGACCCCAUUGAUGGUUAAGAUGCCACUGUAAAUGGUUUCUGGAGGAGCGUAUCCAUCUGCUACUGGCGAAAAGGGCAUUAAUCAAAUAUGGUCACUGCACAAUCUCCUCCCCAGACUCUGUCUUUGAUCUUAGCACAAUGGACAAGCACAAUUUUAUGAUGAACUUACUGCAAACUUCACGACAGUGCCAUGCGAUGCCAGUGUCCUGAGGAGUGGGAGGGAGCUCUUUGCCUAGGAACUAGUGAGGGAGGGUACAUCUCUCUGGAAUGUCUUGCCCUAGUAUCUUUGUCAAUAGUAAUGUAAGGAUCCCAUAGCUCAACACACCCUGUCCUGGUUAAACUGAAAGGUACCCAUAUGCACUGGAUUGUGAUUUUAAAAACAAAACAGUGAUGUUCUUUUCAUGUGACAGGUAAGAAUAGAUUGCAAGUCUAUGCAAUCAAAGUUAAAACCCUCCACUGAGAGAUUUCACAGAUGAAUCAAGUCAUUGGAAUAAGUUGCCUGGUAUCAAUCCUUGAUGCAAUGACUUUUUAAGGAUCCAGUUGGUUCUCUGUUGUUUGGUGUUAACUGUUUUUUUUUAACUUUCUUGGAAUAUCUCCUUGAGCUGUUGUAUUACUGUGGACUGUUAUUAAAUUGUGUACUCUUGUGUCUAAUAUAAACCUUGCAUGAUGUGUACUGCUCAUACCACUAUGAAACAAAUGGGCAACAAUGGGUGUUAACUGUUUUUACUUUUUGACAUAACUUUUAUAACGCACAUGUUAACCUCGUAACAGCAGCUUUCCAAAUCCCAAAAAGAGCUUUCUCUGCUUUUUGACAGCUAGAGUUUUUUUUUUGUGUGUGGUUUCAAACUGAUGACAGGCUGAGAAAAUGCAAUGCACUGGCGAGUCAGAGGGUAUGUGGUUUGGGAAAUGAUUCGAAUGACCGCUGACUGGAAUUUGAGCAAAUUCGAUACCAUGAGCUGACAGCAGGUGUCAUUUUCACAGCCCGAUUUUCAGUGAUUUAAAAAUCCCACCUCUGUCACCAAUUUGUGUGUGAUACAGACACCACACAAGCCAUGGGCUCGUUCCAGCUAUUAGCUGACCAGCAGCUGGUAAAGGUGCCUGAUGGUUACUGGUGUAAUCUGGCCAGGAAUAUGUUGAUGUCAGUCCUCUCUGUGCAGGAGAGAAAAGAUCGGAUAAUCCAGCUACCUGGGUUAAACCUGGCAAGGACACAAAGCACUCAGGGAAACCAUCCCCUCUGAGGUACUGUGCUCCUACACCUCACUGGUGUCCCACUGACUUAUGGAAAUGUGUUUGACAAGGUUGUGUGCAAAUGAGUGAAAUUCUGGGCCCUGGUCGAGUGGGCACUGGGAUCACAGAGCUUCGGGAUUUUAAACAGCACGCAUUCACAGACACACGCACACAGACACGCAUGCACACAGACAUGUAUGCACACAGACACGCGCACAGACACGUGCACACAGACACGCGCGCACACAGACACGUAUACACACAGUUGUAUGCACACAGACACGCACACAGACACUCAUGCACACAGACACGCGUGCACACAGACACGCAUGCACACAGGGACACGCACACACAAAGCUAGCUCACUCUUUUGCCUUUCCCAUCAUUAAUGAAGAAGAAAAAAAUCCAACAAGUUUCCACCUAAAGAGUAAAUUCUGCAGCAAAGGGUCCGGCUGGAGGGACAGAGUUAUUGUUUGGUUUGAACUUAGUGACCUUCACAGACAGCAAGGAUGUGUCUUUCCCUCAUCAUCUUUGUCAAAUAAACAUGAGGCUCUUGGUUCUAAAGGCUUGGACUUUUCUAAGGACUGUGUGUGAGUGAUAAAGCUCAAAAAGGUGCUAUGUGGCAAUUUGCAUAGCAAUGGACUUCAGGGUACCUAUAUCCAUCUUGUGUCAACAGCUGUUUUAAAAUAAAUCUGACUUGCAAUGCUAUUAGAUGCAAUCAGAUGCUUUGAUGCAAUGAGAUGGCCCAGUGAGGCAUUCCUGCUCAAUGUAGCCUCAUUUAGGUACACCCUCCUGUGCCCCUGGUUGACUUGAACCUAUGUACUGCAGUGACCACUCUUGUUAAACCAAGAUAGAUAGAUCAGUGUGAAAAGUCUUGGUAGGAGGUUGUCCAAGACUCUUUCUGUCUUUCAUCAACCCCCUGUUUAUCCAAAUGUUUAGUGGAGGACCAUCCAUCCUGUUCACACUGCUGUAUCCCAAUCCCUUCACAAAAGAUACAUUUAAGCUUUCGGUCAUGCUAUGGUAAAGAAAUCACAAUCGGAAUCUCACAAAUCAGUGUUGCUGUCCCACCUGAUUCUGGGAGGUGACAGUGUAGGAUUCAAUGGUUGAGGAACAAGUCAGCCUGUUUAAUAUGGUGUGCCAUGUGGAGUCAGACUGGCUAUAAAGUUCCCUCAAGAUCACCUGAAGUGUUUGCACGACAUGCAGGUCUCGGCUGACACAUAUUCCUGAAGGUUUCAUCACCCCCUCCUACACCCACCAUGCUCCCAUUAGCUAAUGGCAACUUGUUCCCACAUAUUUAUCUUGGGAAUGUCAGAGGACCCCCUCCCCAAGGAAACCAAACUGCUUGCCCGACUGGAUGGUUCCUGCUUGUUGAUCACAAAGUCCUUUUUCACCCCAACUCCUCUCAAAACCUAUGCCUCCUUGAACUAUCAUCACCUCAAUGUUAAAAGACAACACUUAGAUUUUCCUUCUAUGCUGAGUGGGCACCAUGUCCCAUUCCCCCAAUGGCUUUUCUUCUGGCAUUUGUCUUGGAGACCAGAGACUUGUCUGCUGGAAGAGUUACCAUUCCAUGCCUCUGGGUGACAAACUGGGCACGCAGGGUGACACAGUGACCUCCCACACAACAGGAAAUACGAUCAGAUCCCCGCUCAGAGCCAUCACGUUCCAACAGUGAGCCACACGUCUGCUGGUCAAUGUACAAAUUUCACUCUUUUCUCUUUCAAACCAGUAGCUGCUGCGUCGACACGGAUGGUUGAGGGAAGCGGGAGGGCUUUAAUGGGCAAAAUAGCUGUCCUGAUGUAUUUUCACCUUCUUUGAGGAGUGAGCUCUCUUUGAUUUGGUGAUUUUUGUUGGGAAAUGGGAGUUCAGGGGGUGUAUUCUCCUUGCAAUUCUUCCUGUCCACCUGUGCAGUGUGAAUAUUCCCGACUCUGUUUGAUGGUGUAUGUUUGUGUGUGUAGCCGGCUGGUACAGUUGGACAGCCAGGCAAUUUGUCACGUUAAAAUUGGUGUGUAACCGUGGUCGGUGCUGUCCAGGUACGUGACAUUUACCAGCCAGCCGGGUGCUUUCAGAGGAAGUCAGCCUGAAGUGUAAUAUGUAUCCUUGCCCCUUCAAUCAACUGGCUGCUUUCUAAUGUCCGCAGUCUGCCAGUGAGUCACAUUCCCUUGGAUCAUACUAGCAGGCCAUUCAGGGCUGUUCUCUCGGUUAGUCACUGUGCCCAUGACUGUAGCUUGCUCCAAAAUGUUACUUGUGGCUGGAUUGAAUUGCUCUGCUCAACAGUACAGCAAUAAUAAAUGCCUGUGCAGUUCUGACUGUACCCUAAGUACAGUCCACAGCAUCCAGAGGGAACUGUGUUGGUAGAGGGAAUCAAUCACACAAUUGGAGAUGAAUUACUUACACACGCACACAUAUACAUAGGCAUACGUGCACACAUAUAUGCACAGAUAUGUAUGCACAAAGGGACAUAUAGAUAUAUACACACGGAGACACAUAUACACAGCUACAGGUGUGCACACAUUUAUACACACACACACACAAAUAUAUACGCAUAUACACACAGGCAUGCACUCACAUAUAUACACCCACAUACAUAUACACAGACAUGCACAUAGAUAUACACACACAUUGAUCGCAAGCUUUUCCUCUCCCUAAGGCAGUGAGGAAAAUGCAGGAGGGGUGAACAAUACAGUAAGUUGGCCCGGGAGAGAUACACGGUCCCUUCUCAGCACUUCAGCAAUUUGGUUCUGGCCAAGAAGGACCAUGAACGAUACAUUACCGAUUAAAUUAAUGACCACUUAAAACCCUCACCUGACAUUAGCACGCUUCCCCCACACCCCUCCACCCUGCCUCCAACUACCCAGCUAGUAGCUAUUUUCUGAUGUACCUACUGGGCUGGGAGGCACCCUCUAUUUGCACCAAUACAUGACAGUCAGGGACUGGAAAAGGGAACAAGGGGUUGGCACUGAGAGACACCCUCCUGUCCGUGCCUCCAAUCUUUGCUUCCCCAUUCCUUAGUAGUAAUAUCAGUGUUACAGUGAACACAUCCAGGGUAAAUAUGGUAAUAUCAGCAUUACAGUAAAUACUGCCAGGAUAAAUACAGUGAUAUCAGUGUUACAGUAAAUACAAUCAAGUAAGUAUCGUAAUAUUGGAGUUAAAGUAAACAUUACUGGGGAAAAUACGGUAACAUCGGUGUUACAUUAAACAUCCUCCAGGUAAAUAUGGUAAUAUCUGAGUGACAGUAAAUACUCCCCGGGUAAAUACGGUAAUAUCGGUGUUACAUUAAACAUCCUCCAGGUAAAUAUGGUAAUAUCAGAGUGACAGUCAAUACUCCCAGAGUAAAUACGGUAAUAUCGGUGUUACAGUAAAUACGGUAAUAUCGGUAUUACAGUAAACACUCUUGGAGUCAAUACAUCGAUAAUGGCUGUGAUAAUAAACAGAUUGAGGAAUGAAUAUAAUAGUAAUCAAUGUCACAGUAAACACUGAAGUGUAAAUAUGGCAAUAAUUAGUGUUGAAGUAAGCAGCCUCUGAGGGGUAAAUAAUCAGUGCCAAUAAUAACCACUCUAUAGCUGUACGACAAUGAAUAUCCUCUGGGAGUAAUUAAAUUAAUAUUGAGUAUUAUAGUAACUAUGCUCUGAGGGCUAAAUCUGUUAAUAAACAAUUCUACAGUAAAUACCCUCUAAGAAUUAGCUACGCUAAUAAUGAGUGCUCCAGCAAAUGCCUUCAGAGGAUUAAAUACAGUAAUAACGAGUCAACGCUAAAGACUAAAUAUGAUAAUAUUCAGUGGCGUCUUAGAUGCCCUCUGAGGAAUAAUUAGGACAAAACAGAGCUGGAGUCAUCCCGCUCUUGAGAUAUAAUUGCAGUAAAGACCAACAGUCACUCUGAAAGGCACAUCCAGGAAGAGUCUUCAUCUUCAUAUGUAGCAUCUUCAUGGGGGAUCCAGCAAUAUUCCAGCACAAUCCGACAGAAUCUCACCCACUUCGCCUAUUCCUCCAGCUUCCCUGUCUCCCAGUCACACUUCAUCACCCCUCUCUUUAUUUGCUCAUUAUUAAUAAAUGGUCUACCAUUUGCAAUGACUGUGGUCUCAGUUUUGGCUAACUGUGGUGGCCAGACAGAUUAACAAUUCCCUUCCUGACUGACGAAUUGACCAGCAAUAGAACAAUGGUGUGCACUGAAUGGGACAGCGAGUUACAAGCAUGGUUAUAACUGACUUCCUCUGUCUAGACCCACAUGCAGAUAAAGAAUUCUCUCUUCACUGUUUUAUAUAGAAGAUUUUUUGAUCUUUUGUAUAUUGUCAUAAUUUGCUGCUGGGAUUACCAUGUACAAACUUGCAUCCUUUGAAAUUAAUUGGAUUAAUUCACUUUGUGUUAUACUUUUGGUGUUAUAUACGUUUACAGAAAAAUCUAAUAAAUGUUUAUUGGUACCUCAA